AUGUGGGAGGAAGAGAAUAUCAGUCCAGCAAAGAUCAUUCACGGUAAUUUUACAAAUCCUUAUUCUCUCUUCGUGACAUCAGAUGGUGAUAUUUAUAUUGAUGAUGGAUUUAAGAAUGGUCGAGUACAGAAAUGGAUGGUAGAAACAGGUACGUUUGAUACGGUGAUGAAUGUCAAGUCAUCGUGUUUUGGUUUGUUUGUCGAUAUCAAUGAUACUCUUUAUUGUUCAAUGUACGAUCAUGAUCAAGUAGUAAAAAGAUCAUUAAAUGAUUCUGUGAUGAGUUCAAAUCGUGUUGCUGCUGGAACAGGUGUAUGGGGAUCAGAUUCGAAUCAAUUCGAUCGUCCUGGUGGAAUUUUUGUCGAUGUGAAUUUGGAUUUAUAUGUGACAGAUUGUAAUAAUGAUCGAGUUCAGUUGUUCCAACCGGGAGAAUCAAAUGGCAUCACAGUAGCUGGAAGUACAUCACUAAAUCCGACAAUUAUACUUCGUUGCCCAAUUGGAAUUAUAUUAGAUGCUGAGAAAUAUUUAUUCAUUGCGGAUAGUGGCAAUGAUCGUAUUGUUGGUUCAGGUUUGAAUGGUUUUCGAUGUUUAGUUGGAUGUUAUGGAAUAGGUUCACAAUCCAAUCAACUCGAAUAUCCAGUUAGUUUUAGUUUUGAUCAUUCUGGAAACAUAUUUGUUUCUGAUCGAUUAAAUGAUCGAAUUCAAAAAUUUUUGCUGAUGAAAGAUUCUUUUGGUAAGUUAAAGAAAUGUGAAUAG